GCCGCAAUCUUGUGCCGCAGCCAGUGAGGAUACGCCACUCGUGAUGCUCAACAUUGCCGAUUCGAAGCCCAGAUGACACCUUCCCCAAUCAUCCCCUACCCUGCCUCGUGGAGCUGCUGAGAAUAUCUGGAGUGCCGGACAGGGAUGCUCGCCGAUAAAGGGCACGAUGGCCAGUCUCUUGGAUGUGGUGGCGGAGGAGGGCGAGAGAACCAACUCGCGCCCUUCGAACCAGCCCGCUGCCGCGGCUUCUCGUCGCCAUGCUCAGCCACGUCUCUUUUGUGCUGGCAAUCGCUCUGCUAUGUCUUUGGCCAUACUCGACGGACGCUCUGGUUGCGCCGAGGGGGGUCGAUGCCGCGUCUUGGAACAAGGCAGGCAGACACCUUGACAGCUUCCUGGGUCCCAGGAGCCCGAGGAAUCAGACCGAGCUGGAGAGCGCGCGCCUUCUCGUCCAGGCCGCGAUAGCCGAGACCAGCGUCCGUAACAAGGCGCGCGUCCUUCACCCGCUUCGCAACACCUACCAUGCCGACUCUGCCGCUGCCGCCUCCGCUAUGCUGCGCGAGCGCGACGGAGACGGGCAGAACGCCAGCUUCACGACUCGGAUGCUGAGCCCAGCGCCGCCGCUACUUCAAGUCAGUGAUCAGGUCGCUUCUGCCGCGGCUUUACUUGCGGAGCUUGGUGCCAGCGGUGCGCCUGCCUCGGCCACGACGGUCCGGCGAGCCACCACCAACAGCAGCAGUAGCGACUCGAGUGUCUUCUGGAUGGAGAACAUCUCCCGGAAGCACUACAACUCUUCCUCCCGUCAAGUAUUCCGCAACGUCCGCGAUUUUGGUGCCAAGGGGGAUGGUCGGACCGACGACACCGUGGCCAUCAGGCGCGCCAUCUUGUCCGCAUCGAGCGGCACGCAAGAUACCGAAGCACGAUGGCCAGGAAGUGACGGAGUGAGGAACGCCGUCGUUUACUUGCCGUCCGGCACAUACCUCAUCAGCGGCACCAUCCCGGCUCUGCCUGCGACCCAAAUCAUUGGCGAUGCGACCAACUUCCCAGUACUUAAAGCUGCCCCAAGCUUCGUCGGCCUAGGUGUCAUCUCGACCAACGAGCUAGGUCCUGGCGGGGAGGCAUCACAAAAGAGACAGCACUACCGCCAGAUCCGCAACCUGAUCAUCGACAUAACGGAAGCAUCGCACGACGCCCACGUUAGCGGCAUUCACUGGCAAGCGUCCGAGGCCUCGAGUAUCCAGCACGUCGAGGUGCGCGCUGCCGACCCGCACACAGCGCCUGGCGGUCAGACGACCCAGAUGGGCAUCUUCACUGAGGACGGGAGCGGAGGGCAGAUCAGUGACGUGGCCGUCCGUGGAGGCAGCGUUGGGAUUCUGGCAGGCAACUCGCAGUUCGCGGCUCAGAGAAUCCGGCUUAGCGGCUGCACCACUGGGGUCCAGCUGCUGUGGGAUUUCGGCGGCGUCUGGAAAGGCAUCGACAUUCGAGAAUCCAAAGUCGGCUUCAGUCUUGCAAACGGCAAUGCAGACGAAAACAACAUCAGAAAUUAUCUCGGCUCCGUCUACAUCAUGGACUCCACCUUUACAGACGUCGGCACUGCAGUUCAGAACGCCCCAGUCUCUGUUGAGCCCGGCACGGGUACCACGAGUGUGACGCUAGACAAUGUGCUCUUCGACCGCGUUACUAACCGUGUGUUCGACGGCGAGAAGGAGUACGUCGAGGGUCGCCCAUCAACGUUGGAUACAUGGACGCUUGGACCUAUAUACCUAUCCCUUCCUGAGAGGGAUCUUUCGCUUGGAUACGAAUUCCAGACACCCCGCGAACCCACGUUGCUGGCAGAGUACAGCGUCACUGCCAAGAACAGCAGCGGCACAAAAAGCCUUCCUAAACGGCCCUUCUUUGAGAAGUCGAAGCCACAGUACACCACUAUUCCAGCCAGCUCCUGGGUCCAUAUGAAGGACUUUGCCAAAGGCGACGGAAAGACAGAUGACACGAUCGCUUUCCAGGAGGUAUUGAACGGCAAGGGCUACAUCUUUGUGGACGCGGGCGACUAUCUGCUCGCCGACACCGUGACGAUUCACCCAGGGACCUUCAUCGUUGGAGAGGCAUGGCCCAAACUGGUGGCUUUUGGGCCCAAAUUUUCAGACCCACGGAAUCCCCGACCUCUUGUCAAGGUCGGUGACGAAGGCAGCGUUGGCGCAGUGGAUCUUCAAGACCUGCUUUUCACGACCAGGGGGGCGACUGCUGGGGCCAAGGCUAUCGAGUGGAACAUCAAGGCCGACAAGAACGGGAACGCCGGAAUGUGGGACUGUCACGUCCAGGUUGGCGGCAAUUCGCAGACCAAGGAAACCCCGGCGGCGUGUGCAUCUUCGUCCAAUGCCACUUGCCAAGGGGCCGCGGUGCUAGUUCACAUUACCCCUGGGGCGUCAGCUUAUUUGGAAGGGCUCUGGCUGCGGGCUGUAGAUCGACUGCUCGACGCCCCCGAGUCGAUGGAAAAUGGCGACAAAAAAGCCGAAAUCCAGUUCCUGUCCGUCCCCCGCGGGGUUCUCGUCGAGAGCCAGGCUGCUACCUGGAUGUACGGAGUCUCCGUCCAACAUUCCUCGAUGUAUCAAUACAACUUCCACAACUCUCAGAAGGUCUUCGUCUCUAUGCUCCAGGCAGAGUCGCCCUCCACCGGACCUGAAUCCCUGCCGACGCAGCCUCGGUCUGACAUAGCUGUUGUGCUACCUGGAGACGCCGGGACCCCGAACCCUCGCGGAUCUUGGGCCACCGUUGUUCAGGGCACCAAGGAUGUUUUCAUGGCCGGUCUCGGCCUCUACUCGUGGUUCUCCCAGGGAUCAACCGCUUGCAUCUCUAGUCAAUCAUGUCAGGACGCCUUGAUCCUGAUGCAGAACAAUACCAAUCUUGCUAUCCAUAACCUCGUCACGAUUGGCGCCAAGAACAGCAUCGAUCUCUCAGACAGUGGCCAUGUUACCGCGACCGAAAACCUCGCCAUUGACGCCCAUCCGAAUUGGAGCCAAAUCACUGUCGUAUACCCGAUCCAAAACAUGGCCGACGCCAUGGCAUGCAGGGACCCGGGCAGCUGGCCAGCCACUCCCCCGAAUGGCAAGUUUCGGAAUGCGGAUUUUAACGACCAGAACCGGUUCUUUGUCUCCAUGAUCAAUGGAAGCCCUUACCGGCUGUCUUUGACUCGAAAGAACUCGUACCAGAUGACCGAAUUCACAUAUGCGGACGUCGACCCUGGAUUUAGCCCACAAUUUUCCAUGUACUACGGCCCGGGAACGUUUGUCGACACUAACGGCGAGGCUUACUACCGGCUCGAGGGCACCAGCAAGUCAUUCCAGGUCCACGGCACGACCAACAACAACGACUCUAAAUACAAACUCCGCGCGAGAUAUGUCUUUGACGGCAUGUCGGCAAACGGAGUGCCCCAAGGAUCGAGAUAUGAGCUUCGGUCGAGGGGUGGCGAGCGGGCGGUCAACUUCGUCCUCACAGGCAGCGAGAAGGUCGGGUACUGGACCAGUGUGAACCCUCCUGUGGCGUGGAUGAAUGCGCUGCUCCCCAUUAUUGGCGGGAGAAAACUGAAGCACAUAUCCAUGCUGGGUUCCCACAACGCAGGCAUCUCCUUUAGGAACGGAGGAACUAUUGGCCCAGAAGCUGCUUCUCUGUGCCAGGGGUUAAACAUAUACGGGCAACUGAUGGCCGGCUCGCGCUGGUUCGACAUCCGGCCAGUGAUUGGAAACGGGGGCCAGCUGCUGACGGGUCACUACAGCGGGCAGAGGGCGCCUGUGUUCGGCAUCAAUGGUCAGGCGCUGGCCGAUAUUGUAGAUGACAUCAACCGCUUCACCGCGACCAACCCCGAGCUCGUGAUCGUCUCGCUUUCCCAUGCCAUGCAAACCGACGAGGGUUACCGCGACCUCAACGACGCCGAGUGGGAUCGCGUGUUUGACGCCCUCGAGCGGCUCGACUCCCGCUGCGCCGGGCUGGCGGGCCAGAUCCCGGACAUGACGCUCGACUCGCUGAUCGGGGCCGGACGCGCCUGCGUCGUCGUGCUCUCCGACGGCGGCCGCGCGCGGCCGGACCGAGGCAUCUACCGGCCGGCCGACAGCUUCGACCUCGCGGACCACUGGAGCGACAGCGACAAGGUGGCCGACAUGACGGCGGACCAGGCGGGCUGGGUGCGCGCCAACCGCAACCUCGUCUCGGACCCGGGCGCGCGCCGCGACCGCUUCCUCAUCUCGCAGCACAUCCUCACCGUCAAGGCCCUCAACGUGCUGGUGGCGUCCAUCGAGGGGUACGCCGUCGACGUCGCGUACGACGCGCUCUUCUGGCGCGUCUUCUCGGCCUACACUCCCUGGAGCUUCCCCAGCGUGCUGCUCAUGGACUACGUCGGGAUCCUGUACAGGGGCGACAGGAGCCCGCUGCCCGAGGCCGGCGAGGCGAGGGCCUUGGUCAUGGCCGUCAACGUCGGCCUGGCGAGUCGGAACUGCUGGCUUGGGGGAGGGUCCUUGGAAUAAUGUGUGACCCUAGUAAUACACACAUUUGUGAGCCAGAAUGUCCUCGCUGGUCAGCGUAGUCUUCUUGCCCUUCUAGCGAUUCGCCAUUAGGUAGGCUCGGCGGGGAGCUCGGUUGCCAGCAGCCAAGUCCGUGUAUGGUAACCAUCCGCCCCCGACUCUUGUUCCUCUAACUAAGCCCCAGCCGGUAGGUACAAGUAGGCAAGUACCCGACCUAGGUACGUACUCGGUCCCUCCCGUCCGGCCACAGCACUAGCGCCACGCUCGACAAGACGCGGCCCGAGGCGAUCCAAACAGGGCAGCAGCCAGUUCAAAGCUACUUGGGGGCCGUGACAAGAUAUUACGACUUGCGAUGAACAGCGUUGUACUGGAGUCUGAAUGAGGCUAUCCUUCAACCGAUCACCAGCCGACUGUGCCCCUUGAUGCAUGGUACCAGAUGGAUGCAUGUCAGAUAUAAGCCGGCACCUGGCCAUGUUGUUCCCCGCAGACCCGAUGAAAGCGUCUGGACCGUCUCAUUACCCCCCUCACCGCCCUGCGAGGGUGUUUUGAAUAACGACUUCGUUGGUGGUCUUACCAAGGUGGAGGUGGAGUGACAAGCUACGUGAAAGCGCAGCCUACCCCCCAACGACUCUCGGAGCCUGACCAAGUAGCUACAUCUCAUUGGCGAAAGUGCGGGAUCAGACGAGAAUAGAUGCAGAGAAAAUAUCCAACAAGACAAACGGCGACGCCAAUGUAUUGGGAAGGAAACGUAACACUCAACUGCAAGGCCUCCUCCUUCCUGAUAGGUUAUAGGAAAGAAAAAAAAGGGUAUAAAGCCGGGGCUCGCC